UAUGGCUACCUCUAAACAAGCAGUUGGCUAUGAGUGCAAAAUCAUUUCUUUAAUUAACAAAGAAUACUUUUGCAAGCAGUGUAAACAUUUAGCCAGAGAGGCUAACACUUCAAAAUGCUGCAAAAAAACAUUCUGCAAAGAGUGCAUUGAAACUAUCAUUCGAGAGAAAGAGGUUUGUCCCAGCUGCAACCAAAAAAUUCCAGGUUCAGAACCUCAAAAAGAUUAUCAAGCCGAUAUUUUGGCGCUAAAAGUUUGCUGCUCAAAGGGACAUCUAGAUGAUACUCAACAUAGCAGCUACUCAUGUGAGUACAUGUCGAUCAUGUUUAAGUGUAUGUUUCCACGCUGCUAUAAGAAAGUUCAAGGCUGCGAAUGGACUGGCGAACUUAAAGACCUCGAUGACCACACUACGGGAAAUUGUGCCUAUGUCAAUGUGGACUGCCCUAAAGGUUGCGGGAAGAAAGUUCAGAAACGCAAUGUGGAAACACAUUGCGCCAAAGAAUGCCAGAAAACAAAAUAUGCAGCAGAUAAUGACAAUCUGUCUUCGCACGAAAACGUUUCUGAUGAAUCAGAGUCAGUGGAUAGUAACGAAGAAAUUCAAAAGCCUCAGAAUGAAGAGACAGACAUGCCGCCCAAGACCGGUCACGGAGACAAAGAUGUGGACUGCCCUAGCGAAGGAAUAAUAUGCACAAGAUAUGCAAACACUUUGUCAGAUGAUGGUGAUGACAUUAGCAAUGUGUCUUCGUUCGAAUUCUCCAGAUACGGGUCAGAUGAUGACAAGCUGUCUUUGCACGAAAAUCUUUCUGAUGAAUUAGAGUCAGUGGAUAGUAACGAAGAAAUUCAAAAGCCUCAGAAUGAAGAGACAGACAUGCCGCCCAAGACCGGUCACGGAGACAAAGAUCAACAGACUGAACUGCAGCCAGCAAUUUUAGAAACAGAACAUCAGUCGCACAACACUGACCAAUCAAGGUAUGGUGCAACACCAUCCGAAAUUGUAUUUUGCAAUUAUCAAAAGCACAAGAAUGAAAAGAAGAGCAUCCUGAGUCCAUAUUUGGAAGUACAUGUAGACCAUCCUCUUAAAAAGUGUGUUCGGUAUCACUUGACGCUAUAUCCAAAUGGAACAGAGGAAGGAACUGACUCUCAUCUGUCCCUAAAGGUAUCUCUAUCCCCAGACUGUGAAGUCCAGCUCACCAGCCUAAAAAUCACCAUACAGCUACUGAACCAGCACGACCCGGUAGAUCUAAACCACUUUAGAAGGGUUAUGUCAUUCGGAUCAGCGAAAGAGUCUGGGUUGGAAUAUGACAUGCCAGAUAUCAAAUUUAUCCCCCUAGCUGAUUUGGAAUUGAAUGAAAACAAACGAACUCGGUACUUGAAAGAUGACUGUCUCAAGUUCAGAGUAGAAAAAGCAAAAAUGACAUGCAUCAUGGCGAAAAAGAUCUGAGUCCUAACUCUUGCAUGUACAAAUGUAGAGCAAAAUUAUACACAUUUUGUAUAAUUUUAUAUAGUUUACACAUUAUGACAACAGUGUACGAUACAUGACAGCAGUUAGACAUGUUGCUUGUCAAGGAAAGGUCAA